AUGGCCACUCAGCUUCAGCUUGCCCAAGCAGAAGGGCUCUGCCUUCGUUAUCCUGAGAAUUUAGGACUUCAUCGUGAGGUCAGCUUCGAGUCAGCAGUCAACAUGCUUCUACGCGCCAUUCAAAUGGCCACGACGAUGCCUUUUACCUGGGGAUUUAUUGACAAACCGCAAGAGGGCCAGGCCGUUCUAAUCUUCAUUCCCAAUCAUUCCCCAUUCCCGAACGACGGUAUAAGAUAUUUGGAACAAGAAGUGAAAUACUCUAUACCAGCUGGCAUGCGGGAACUUGAAGUACAUGAAGCGAAAUUUGGUUUCGCGCCGGGUGUCGAUCAGACAGCAUGGCGUGUUCGCAGGCGGUUUCGUCUUACAAAAGGCGGUCAUCCACAACUCAUUUUCAUGCAUUACUCGCGUGGCCAAGCAAUACCUGUUCCUCCACAACUCAUGAACCAACCUAUCCGCGUCUACCCUCUCCGACCGGUCACUGAACCCGCAGUUUUUGUAUGCGGAGACAAGGCAGGGCAGAAGGUUUAUCCUCCUGGGAUGGCACCAGGACCCAAUGUUGGCAUGGGGAUGGGGAUGGGGUUAGGCAUGAACAUGCAGCAGCAGGCGAUGUUAGCUCAGCAGAACAACAACAUGGAAAUGCUUGAACGGAAAAGGGAGCGAGAUCGUGCGGCGCGGGAUCGGGUUGCGAAUAUGCCAGCACGACCACCCCCACGCAUCGAGGAAGAAGACUCUGGCGAUGAAAUUGAUAUGAUUUCUACGAAGGCGCUGGCUCUCACACGAUACCGUCGAAACCACGAUAUCAUGAAUGCGGUCUUCAAGCACGCAGCUUACGGGGGCAAACACACUCCUACAGCCCCCCCUCCGUACUCGAUCUUCAACAAGGCGGAGCUGGAAGAGAAAUCGAAUCAACUCUCGGCUGAGAUCGCAGCUCUCAAGACUCGGGCCGUUGAACGAAAUGCAGCCAAGGCCUUGGCGGAGCAGGAGCGGCUGCAGCAAAAGGCAGCUCUUGCUUUUGAAGUUGAUGUCUCUAUGGAGAAUUUCUCCGAUUCUAUCGUGGUGUAG